CAUUAGGCCAGGUACAGUUUUCUGUGCUCGAUACAGAUUUGUAGCCGUUCGGAACUGAUUCAACAGUUGUGUCAAUCACGGCCGGCUCGUUACCAUGACAAUGUAACGGCGCACUCGCACACGGCUCUUACUGGAGGGUGUAUACGGCCCCUAGGUGCUGUCACUGGCAGUCUCAGGGGUGGCCCAUAGACCUACAGAACCUACUGCUCGUCAUUUGUGGCGCAAGAAGCAGCACAGUACUCGGCCCUCUGGCCCAGGAUGGCAGAGAUGGGGGCUGGCCAGCGCUGUCCAGCAACCAGAGAUGCGCCACUGCAGCUUCGUGCUGCGCGGCAUUUAGCUAACGGCCGUGAGGGCAAGAGCGUGCGGUGGUGGCGGCGGCGGCAGGCCGGCCAGCAGGAAGCUGCACGUCCAAGUCAUACUGCGGCCAUGAAGACAACUGGUAUACUGCGUGCGGGCCGCGUCCUGCCCGUCCUUCCUCGUGCUUCACCUGUCUUCCGCCACUACAACAUCCAACUCUCCUUGGGCUACUUGGUGGGAUUAUGAAGGUGUUGCUGGGCCUCAGCACUGGGGAAUCAUCAAUCCAGAAUGGCGCCUCUGCAGUCAAGGCAAAUUCCAGUCACCGAUCGACAUUCGCCCUCAGCACUUGCUCUUUGACCCCAGCCUGCGCCGCAUGAACCUUCAUCUCCCAGACUCGACGGUAGAUUAGUGGAACCUUGGUGAAUACCGGAAAUGACGUCAGCUUGCGAAUCGACGACAGCGCUGCUAGCGGCGCCAACUUCAGUGACGGUCCGUUGAUGUACACGUACCGCCUGACACAGCUCGUGUUGCACUUCGGCAAGUCAGACACCAACGGCUCGGAACACUCGGUUGAUGGCAACUCUUUCGCAGCAGAAAUACAAUUUAUUGCCUACAACAGUGACCUGUACAAGAGUAUGGCUGAUGCCAUUCAGGUGCCUUACGGCAUUGCGAUCAUCGCCGUGUUCGUGGAGGUCGGAGAAGAAGACAAUGAGGCAUUCCGGAUUCUAGUGGAACACGCCAAGCAGGUGCCAUGGCAAGGUCAGAAAAGCACGGUGCAGAAACUUCCCGUGUGGUCACUGUUACCAGACACCAACUAUUACCUGACGUACGAAGGGUCCUUGACCCAGCCCGCUUGCCACGAGACGGUCACCUGGGUCCUUUUCAACAAACCUGUCUACGUCGACAAGCAGCAGCUGAACACACUGCGGCAGCUGCGGAAACGCCUGUACGGAGAGGAGACAGUCACGCAGCUCGCUGGCAAUCACCGCCCGACCAUGCCGCUCAACAACCGCGCCGUGCGGACCAACAUCAACUACCCCACCACGGGAGACUUAUGCAACAUGAAGAAGAUAACAUUUUAUGAAGUCAAUCCAACAUUGACCGUGUAGCUGAGCAGUCAUCAGUCAGUGUGUUUGAAGACACGCAUUGGCAGAACCACAUGAUAUGAUUCACAUGCCUGCACAAUGUAACAGUGAAUGUGUCCGUGUGUGUGUUUGUGUGAAGGAGAGAGUGAGAGUGAAUGUCGGUGUAUAAAGAUGUUUUCCUUCUGUUCCUUGGAACAAGCUUUCCUAGAUUUGACUUUUAAGUUUUUUUCCCGAGGAUGUAAGAUGCCUGAAAGCAUUGACAAAUAAAUGACUGUCAGUCA